UAGCGAGACUGAAGGUGAACUAUUCCAUGCCAGGAAAAGUUGCAAUAUAACCGUAUACAGUUUCAGUUAAGACUAACGUAACAACUGUAUGUUGUAAGCAGCAAAUAUGUUUGUCUAUCCUGAGCCAAAAUGCAUGCACAGAUGCGUUCUUCGAAAAUCCACCAGAAACAGUCCUAAUAUAACCAUAAACUGCCAGUUUUCAUCUAUAUGGAACAAUUCAUAAUGCCUACUUGGCUUUGCCUGCAAGGAGAAACGAACUCGGGACCACUACGCUAUUUAAAAAGAGUCAGUCAGUGAUAUUCGCUUACGCGGUCCAGCAAAAAACUGCUGAUAAAGAAGACAAGCGUGAUGGGUAAUUAGAGAGAGAUUUUUAGGUAUUUGACAAUACUAGCUAAAUUUAAUUAAUCUCUAUACUAUCUUAGUAGUAUCUUCUGAGCUAGCUGACUGGGUUGCUGGGUAGCUUUAACGCUUUGCACCCAGUUGGCUUAAGUGAAAACACAUUAGAGAAUGUGUUGAGGUUUUAUUUCCUAAUAUCUAAUUCAUUAGGACCCUGGCUAAUAUCUAAGCCACACAAAACGAUCUAGAUUUGACCAUUGGAGUGCCCCAAGGGUCCAUGCUUGGGCCCCUGUUAUUCAAUCUUUAUAUCAAUUACUUCGGUAUGUCCAGGAGUGGAGAUCCAGAAGUAUGCAGAUGAUACAGUCAUCUACACCCACGGAAAGAGUGCAGAGCAGGUGGCAGUCAAGUCAACAGCAGUCAUGGAGAAUGUUUUUUUGACUGGUUCAACAACGCCUGUCUCACAAUGAACAAAUGUGGCAAACCAUUCUCAUUUGAGGCAAAGAAAUGGAUCACGUCCAAAUUUAUCAGGUCUGUCUUUAAGUGCAUUCAAUUUUAUGUGUAGUUCAUUACAAUUAUCCAUAAUGUUUGCUGUACUGAAUGCGUCUGUGUGUAUGUUUAAAUGUCUACAUGCCCAUCUGUGGCGGGAGGGACGGGGGGACGACUACUGAUAUAAAUUAGCUAUUAGCUAAAUCAGGUGCAACACAUCACUUCUCAUCUGUGAGAUUUAAGUUCAGUUGUGCAUUGUUUCUGAUGAAAUAAAUAAAAAUUAAAUAUGGAAAGAGUGUCUUGUCACACUAAGAUUGGAUUAGGCGUACUUCUCUUGUUUCUACCAGAGAUCUCGGCAAUAAGGAAAUUGGAAUUAUAUUGAGGGACUAAUUAGGUUGCCUGUACAUGUUAUUUGUUUUUAGUUUGUAGCUCUGAGUUGUUGAAAUAGGACUGACGUAUCCUGUUCAUGAAGUGUGGCCAUAUAGCCUAUGAACUGAUUAUGAAGCAGGUGUCAGUUUCGAAUACCUUUUUCAGGAGAGUGGUGGAAGGCCUAUCAUUACUGAUGUAAUUACUGAUGCAAGCUUACAUUUUUGUUCAUGGUUAUUUGCUUCCAACAUGACAAUAUGACUGGAGAAAAAUAGCAUAUCUUUUUAAUGUACCGACCACCAGCGCCUGUCACUGGUUUAUGCUUUAAUAUCUGGCCCAUUAGUGAGUAGGGUAAAAUUCAGGAUGAUGCCCGUGAGUCUGGGACAACAGGUGCCAUCUGGGCCCUACACUGCUCAACAACAACGCUCACCAACCUGCUGUUUAGCUCAAGCUGCAGGAGCGUGUGACGUGAGGGGGGUGGAGUCAGCCCGCCAGUUCCUAUGGGGACCGGGCUGAAAAAGGAAAGCCUUCUGAGAGCAGACCUAGCUACUGGUUCCGACAACGUGAAAGUAAAUGCUCAUCUCCUUUCUCCUGUCGGUGGAUGUAUGCCAGUCUAGCUCCUCUCUCCGCUCAGAAACCGAUGAUCUUGUAUUUGCCGCCUUGAUAUCUAAACGAGAUAGAUCCCAAGAGCAUUUUAGGUUCCUCAGACGACAAGUGUGAAGCUUCUGGUUGAUGCCCUGCCCUUCAGCACGCCCUUCAAUGACCAUGGAGAAGUAUGAGAAGAUAGCGAAGAUUGGGGAGGGGUCUUACGGCGUCGUUUUCAAGUGCCGAAACAGAGACACGGGGCAGAUCGUUGCCAUCAAGAAGUUUGUAGAGUCAGAAGAUGAUCCCAUCAUUAAGAAGAUCGCUCUGCGAGAGAUUAGAAUGCUGAAGCAGCUGAAGCACUCCAACCUUGUGAACCUGAUUGAGGUCUUCAGGAGAAAACGGAAGCUACACCUGGUGUUUGAGUACUGUGACCACACUGUUCUCCACGAACUGGACAAGUACCCCAGAGGUGUUCCGGAGCACCUGGUGAAGAGCAUCACCUGGCAAACACUCCAGGCCGUCAACUUCUGCCACAAGCAAAAUUGCAUCCACAGAGACGUGAAGCCGGAGAACAUUCUCAUCACUAAACAGCAGGUCAUCAAGCUCUGUGACUUUGGGUUUGCCAGGAUACUCACCGGACCAUGUGACUACUACACAGACUAUGUGGCUACGCGGUGGUACCGUGCCCCAGAGCUCCUGGUGGGGGAUACUCAGUACGGACCCCCUGUCGAUGUCUGGGCGGUUGGGUGCGUGUUUGCCGAGUUGCUUUCCGGUAUCCCCCUGUGGCCCGGCAAGUCCGACAUGGACCAGCUCUAUCUGAUCAGGAAGACUCUGGGGGACCUGACCCCCCGCCACCAGCAGGUGUUUAGCAACAACCAGUUCUUCAGUGGAGUGUGUAUCCCGGAGCCUCAGGAGAUGGAAACUCUCCAGCAGAGAUACCCUAACCUGUCAUAUCAAGCACUCAGUCUAAUGAAGGGCUGUUUGCGUAUGGACCCGACAGAGCGUCUGACUUGUGAACAGCUUCUGGAACACCCGUACUUCGACAGCCAGCGGGACGACAGCGAAAGCCGCGGCCGGGAUCACGACCGCUCCACCAAUCGGCGGUCACGCCUCCUGCCCCGAAAACACCUCCCACCUGGAUAUUUGCCACAGCUCACUAGCAGCAAUAUCUUCCCAGCACUGGACAACAAGAAGUACUACAGCAACCUGAGAAAAUUCAACUACCAUUUUCCUAACAUCUAAAACCACCAUUUUAGAUCAGAACAGUGCGAUCAAAAUACUCUGGUCGGCUCGGGAACUGGAAGCGGGGAAGUGGAUCACAUUGCGAAAGGAAUGCAGUUGAUUGGUUCCUAAGAAAGCAGAUCAGUUGAACCAAGAUUUUAAUUGGAGAAUUAUUGUGAAUACUUUCUAUGCAUGACUGAGAGACAUUAUAGUUAAGUGGUGUUGCCUCCAUUUUAAUGUGUAUUUUGUUUGUAUUUUGUACAUCUAUACCUUUUGUUUGUAUUUUGUAUAUCUAUACAGUACAUUGAAGACAAGGAGCAGACUUUUGCUGUGCUGGUAGAUUUUAGUAAUGUUACAAGCAGACAUCAUUGAAUCAACCAAUGGUUACAUCAACAACUGUGCUGUGUGGUGUGGUAUUCGUCAGAUUGUAAAUAUCAUAUGAAGUGUUAACUGAUAUGCUAAACAACUAAACAGGCAUUGGGCGUAGGUUCUCAAAGGCUGUAGGUUUCCUAAGCCAGCAGUUGAAUGUAGAGUCAUCGACUAUGCGGUCAAGCAUGAGACUGCUGUAUCUUAUGUGGUUAGCUGAUGUCAAACACCAAUUCAGGCCUGAAUUGUGAGAUCUGCCACAGGUCUGUAAUGUAGUCAGUAACUUGGAGGCAGCACCGUGACAUACUGCCAUAAAUGGUUUGCCAAA